UGAGCCAUUUCUACUAUCGGGUGCCGCCCCCAUCUGUACGCAUGCGCAGAAGAGCUUCCCCUGAACUAAGCAUGCGCAAGAAGUCACUGGAGCAGGGCAGUGAUGGAAUCACUCGCAGAACACUGUUUGUAACCUCCUGAUGGUGUGAUGCACAGAGAACACACUCCAGGCACGCUGCUGAGCCUACUAUCGGGUCCCGCCCACAUCUGUACGCAUGCACACAACAGCUUCCCCUGAACUAAGCAUGCGCACGAGGAAGAGGGAGAUGAGCUAGAGCUCCCUUGACCACGGGACAGCAAGCCACAUGCCUAAGGAGGGAAUGCCGGUAGUUUAUUCACAGUGAGCCCAAUAUGUGUAUGGCUGGUGUUGUAAAUGUGGCGUGACUCGUCUUCCAACUAAUGACCAUUCUUUGCAUGUGUGGAAGAGAGAGAGG